AUGACGGGGUGGGCCAAGAUAGGCUCCAGAAAGCCACGGAAAAUCGAGAAGAGGGAUCAUGUUCGACUACUCUCACUUGCACUUCCAGCACUACGAGCCUUGCACAAUACCUGGGACAAGGUGGCAUUCCUACAAUUCUAUUCGCACCUCGACACAUGGGACCCCAAGCAACUGGGGUGGCUACACGAAGUACUCUGGGCACAUGAAAAAGGGCUUGUCGUGGACCACAGCAUCAUGCACUUGAGCUCGCGCUCCAUGUUGUUCGAAAAGCAUUAUAAUGUAGAAAACAACGCCCGCUGUGGAUCCACGGCGAUUCGCGCUCGGCAAAUUGAUGAAGGGGUAGAUACUGUGCAGGACCGUCCCGUUUACAUAAGCAUUGACACAGGUGUUCUGGAUCCAGCCUUUGCGCCCGCGACAGGAACCAUUGAGCCCGGAGGCUGGACAACCCACGAGCUUUUGCAGAUACUCAAUGGGCUUUCACAUGCUGAUAUUAAGAUUAUCGGAGCCGACAUUGUUGAGUUUGCCCCUGCUUAUGAUAACCGAGCCGAGACUACCGGUUUGGCUGUCGCGCAGAUUGCGUACGAGCUUUUGCAAUGGAUGAUUUGUGUACCAGUCAAACCAGCAGGGCCUCUAAUUCUAGAGUGUUUAUAUGCUUGA